GGAGGGCGGCCCGCGCCCCGUGUCAGGGUCCUGCCCGCGGCCGGCUGUCCGCGCAUCGUCUCCGGGGCCGUGAGCCGUGUCCGCACAGCGCCCGGUGGGGGAGGAGCCCGAGCAGCCCGAGGCCGAGGCGGAGAUGGCGGCCGCCCAGGGACUGUUGACCUUCGGGGACGUGGCCGUCAGGUUCUCCCAGGAGGAGUGGGAAUGCCUGGCGCCUGCCCAGCGGGCCUUGUACAGGAGCGUGAUGCAGGAGAACUACAGGAACCUGGUGUCUGUGGCAGUUUCUUCUCAUUCCAAAACAGCCUUGUUACCCCAGCAUGCCAUAAAAGACUCCUUCCAAACAGUGCCACCUGGAAGAUCUGGGAGCUGUGUCCAUGGGCAUUUACACCUAAGGGCAUGCUGGAAAAGUGAGGCUGAGCGUGGAGGGCAGGACGGCCGUCACGGAGGAGUGCAGAGCCACGGGAGGAGCCCCCGGAACAAGCUCCUCCCUGUCUGUGGGGACCCGCAUCCUGGGGUGACUCAGGACACCACCCAGUGCAAGUCAGUUACUGUUGUAGCACAGUAUGUUACUGUGAAUAAAUGUCAUCAUCUAGUUUUGAAACCUAAAUUAUCUCAGAAAGAAAACUUGGAAAAUCUUAAAAUUGAGGACUACCAUUGUGCAAAUAAUCAUUUCAGCCAUUUUAAAUAUAGCAGUACAUUAGAUAUUCAGUCAUAUAAUCCUCAGGACCAACUAUACAAUGAAGAAAAAAUGUGCAAAUACGUUGAAAUUGAAAAUACCUUAAAGAAGGAUUCAUUUUUCCUCUGUGAACCAGUAAUGCCCACUCAUGCUAAAACCUACAGAUUUGAUAACUAUCAGAGAGACUCUCUCCACCCAACAUUGCUUAGUGAAUGUCAGUGUCUAGACAGUGAAGAAGAACCUUCCACAUAUAAUAAAAAUAAGCAGGCCUUUAGUAAGUGCUCUAAAUUAAAUAAUUGCCAAGGUAUUUACAUUAAAGAGAGAACACAUCAAUCCAAAGAACCUGAAAUAAAUUAUAACAGAGGAUCAAUCCAUAGAGAACAUCAGAGAGCUCAGAUUCCAGAAAACCAUUACCCAUGUAGUAAAUGUGGACAAGUCUUUGAGGAAUGGUCAGACUUUAUUGUGCAUCAGGGAAUCCACAUUGGAGAGAAGCCUCCCAGAUACAAAAGAUGUGGGAAAACAUUCAAACGUUUCCCAAAAGUGUUUAAGCAUCACAGAAUUCACACUGGUGAGAAAGCUUGCAAAUGUAAAGACUAUGGGAAAGCCUUUAGUGAAUCUUCCCAUUUAAAUAGUCAAGAGAAAAUCCAUCCUGGAAAGCAACCGUACCAAGGUAAAGAAUGCGAGGAAUCCUUAACUUGUUCCUCAGUUCUUACUGUGCACGAGAGAAUCAAUACAGGAGAGAAACCUUACAAGUGUAAAGAAUGUGGCAAAUCGUUUAAGUGGGCCUCACACCUUACUCGGCAUCAAAGAAUUCAUUCUGGUCAGAAACCUUACAAAUGUAGAGAAUGCAGGAAGUCCUUUGCUUGUCCAUCAAGUCUCACUGUGCACCAGAGGAUUCAUACAGGAGACAAGCCUUACAAGUGUAAAGAAUGUGGCAAAGCCUUUAAGCAGGGCUCACAACGUACUCGACAUCAGAGAAUUCAUACUGGGCAGAAACCUUACAAAUGCAAAGAAUGCAGCAAAUCCUUUACUUAUUCCUCAUAUCUUACUGUGCAUCAUAGAAUUCAUACAGGUGAGAAACCUUACAAGUGUAAAGAAUGCAGUAAAUCGUUUACUUGUUCCUCAAGUCUUAAUGUGCAUGGGAGAAUUCAUACUGAAGAGAAGCCUUUCAAGUGUAAGGAAUGUGGGAAAGCCUUCAAGGGGGCCAAACUACUUAAUCGACACCAGAUAGUUCAUUCGGGACAGAAACCUUAUAAAUGUACAGAAUGCAGCAAAUCCUUUACUUGGUGCUCAAAUCUUACUGUGCACUAUCGAAUUCAUACUGGAGAGAAGCCUUACAAGUGUAAAGACUGUGGCAAAGCGUUUAAGCGGGGCUCACAUCUUAAUCGGCAUCAGAGAAUUCAUUCUGGAGAGAAGCCUUACAAGUGUAAAGAAUGCAGCAAGUCCUUUACUUGUUCCUCAAGUCUCACUGCACAUAAUAGAAUUCAUACUGGAGAGAAGCCUUACAAGUGUAAGGAAUGUGGCAAAGCCUUUAAGUGGGGCUCACACCUUACUGAACAUCAGAGAAUUCAUUCUGGAGAGAAACCUUUCAAGUGCAAAGAAUGCAACAAAUCCUUUACUUGUUCCUCAAGUCUUUCUGUGCAUCACAGAGUGCAUACAGGAGAGAAGCCGUACAAGUGUACGGAAUGCAGCAAAUAUUUUACUUGUUCCUCAAGUCUUAGUGUGCAUGAGAGAAUUCAUACAGGAGAGAAGCCUUACAAGUGUAAAGAAUGUGGAAAAGCCUUUAAGCGGGACUCACAUCUUUAUCGACAUCAGAGGAUUCAUUCUGGACAGAAACCUUAUAAAUGUACAGAAUGCAGCAAAUCCUUCACUUCUUCCUCAAAUCUUACUGUGCAUCAUAGAAUUCAUACAGGAGAGAAACCUUACAAGUGUAAAGAAUGUGGGAAAGCCUUUAAGCGACGCUCACACCUUACUCGGCAUCAGAGAAUUCAUUCUGAACAGAAACCUAACAAAUGUAAAGAAUGCAACAAAUCCUUUUCCUCACAUGUUACUGCACAUGAGAGAUUUCAUACAGAAGAGAAGCCUUACAAGUGUAAGGAAUGUGGCAAAGCCUUUAAGUUGAUCUCACUCUGUACCGAAUAUCAGAAUUAAUUCUUCGCAGAAACCUUGCAAAUGUAAAGAAUGCUUCAAAUCCUUGUUCCUCAGGUCUUUCUGUGCACCAUAGAAUUCAUACAGGAGAGAGACUUUACAAGUAUAAAGAAUGUGGUACAACCUUU